AUGUUAGAGACACCAAAAGACAUCACUCCUGUGGUCAUUAUCGGGGCAGGCAUUGGGGGAAUCGUAGCUGCCAUAUCCCUCCAGCAGAAGAUUGGAUUAAACAAUUAUAAGAUAUACGAGAAGGCUAACGAUGUUGGAGGAACCUGGAGGCAAAACACCUAUCCCGGUUGUUCCUCGGAUGUUCCAGUGCAUUUAUUCUCCCUUUCCACGGAUCCCAACCCGGACUGGAAUCAUGUAUUUGGCUCAUAUUCAGAGAUCCAAGCAUACUGGAAACACUUGGCCAUAAAGCAUGGUGUUGAAUCACACAUUAACUAUAGCAAGGAGGUUCUCUCCGCUAUUUGGAACGAGGAUGCCAACUGCUAUACUCUGAAUAUCAAAGAUACACAAACAGGUGUGGUAACACAAACCAGGUCCAGAGUAGUUAUUUCAGCUAUUGGAAUUUUUCAUUACCCUAAGUGGCCCGAAAUCCCUGGAAGAGAGUCGUUCAGGGGCAUUUCACUUCAUGCUCAGGCUUGGGAUCACUCUGUGGAAUGA